AUGUCGAUCGUUCUGCUGGGCGCUCUGCUGGGCUCUCCUCCCUCUCCUCCCGCUCAGGCUGCGAAGGGCGCUGGUGGUCGCGCGGGCGUCACAGGGUCGCUUCUCUCCCCGGGCGUCACCGGGUCGUUUGUCUCCCCGGGCCGUCUCACCAGCUCGGUCGGCGCGUGCAAGUUCAAGAAGGGAUCGUCGGGCCAGGUCUCGUCUGGCUAUGAGUAUGUCAUUGAUGAGUUUUGGGGCCUGAGCGGCGUGGAUCGGUGCAAGGCCAAAUGCACGAACAAUUCUCUUUGCCUGGGUAUCCAGACUACCGCCCUCCGAGAACGCGCGAAAAUCCGCUGCGUUCUCUACGACGCUCUGCCAGACGCCACUCUGCGCAUCGACUCGUUUGGAUGCUGGGCCCGCCAAAUGCCGCCUCAAACGCUGCAGGCCAAGCUUGAGCGGGUGCGACAGCUGGCGACGGCGCAGCUUCUGGCCUUGCCGGCGAAGCUGAUGGGGGCCCACCGGCGGGUGAGGGAGGCCGAGAUCGCGCUGUACAAGGCGGACUUGCUGCCGGCGUGGCUCCCGAACUGGGCGUCGCGCCUGCAGCUCGCGGCUGGGGCGCUGACAGCGGCGGAACAGGAGGUGAUGGCCGUCGAGGCGCAGCUGGCGGGCAAGGCCGAGGCGGUUGUGGCGGCGGCCGCAGCCGCGUCGCAGCCGCUCCCGAAGCUGCCUCCCGCCCCGGCGCCGGCAGUCCCUCUUGGGAGCAUUGCAGACCCAAUUGCGGCGUUCGACGCGAAGCGCGCCGUGCUCGCCGUAGCGAUGGUCGCCACAGCGCUCGCCACGGCGGAGGAGGCGGCGGCGGAGAAGGCGCUUCUGGCGGCGGAGGCCAAGGCCGCGGCCUCCUCCCCGCCUUCCGUCGCCCUCGAGAUUGAGGUGGCGAAGGCCUUGGGGCGCGAGAGGGCGGCGGGUGUGGCGGCGCUCGCCGCCGAGGCAGCCUUCAUGACCGCCGAGGCAGCAGUGAACGCCGCGUUGCCAACCUACGAGGUGGCAUUGAAGUUCCGGAGUGAAAAUUCGAACGCGUUCUCUCACGGUGACCAAAAAAUGUCCACCUCAGAGGCACCUCCGGAGGCAGGCCGCUGCACGCCGGCGACACAGCUCCAGCUGUCGAACUGA